AUGUGCAUAUUUCAUAUUGGCUUUUUAAAUAGUAUAAAUGCUGAAAGAAAUAAAAAUUAUAAAAAAAGGGAGAAUAAUAAUAUUAUUUCUAAAAAAAAUGAGAAUUUAAUGAGUAUAGAAAAUGGUGAAAAUAUUUUGUGUAGUAAUAAAUCAUGUACAAAUGGAGAGAAUUUUUCUCUCAUUAAUAAAGACGAAAAUAUAAAUAAUAGUGAAAAUUCAAAAAAAAAAGAUAAUCAGGAUUCCAAUGAUUUUUAUAAUUCUAUUGAAAAAAUAAUAUCAGAAAAUUCUUUAAAAAAUAACGAUGAUGAAAAUAACAAAAAAAGUGAUAAUGAUGGUGAUAAUUUAAAUUUUAAUGAUGAUAAUAUCAAAGAAAAGGAUAGCAAUAAAAAUAAUAGUGACAGUGAUGAUGAAAACAACGAUGACACCGAAAUAGAUAAAGUUGAAAAGAUGAAGAAAAAAAUUAAGAUUAAAAAUGAAGAAAAAUCCAAAGAAAAAAAAAAAAAAUAUAAAAAAACAAAAUCUAAAAAAUAUAAUUUUGCCAUUAAAGAAAAAAAAGAAAGAAAAAAAAAAUUAAAAGAAACUAAUAAUAGGUUACACCAAAAAGUAAACAAAAAUGAUGAAGAUGAAGAUGAAGAUGGAAAUAACGAAAAUUUAAUUAAUGAUGAUCCAACUGUAUUUCCAGGUUUAUAUUUUGUAGGUAUUGGCUAUGAUUUACUUUUUGGUAAUCCAUUAGGUGAAGCUGAUUCUUUAACCGAUCCUGGUUAUAGAGCUCAAAUUUAUUUAAUGGAAUGGGCAUUAAGCGAUGAAGGAGUUGCAAAUGAUUUAGUUACUCUGCAGCCAUUAAAUGGAUGGAUAAGAAAAGAAAGUGCAUGUAGUAGAAUAGAAUCGAUUAAUGAAUGUUCUAGCGUUUCAGAUUAUUCUAAAACUUUAUCAGCCGAAGCAAAAGUGGAAGGUGGAUAUAUAGGUUUAGCAUCCUUUUCUGCAUCCGCUGGUUAUAAACGUUUUAUUAAUGAAGUUUCUAAAAGAUCAAAAAAAACAUAUUUUAUUAAAUCUAAUUGUAUAAAGUAUACAAUAGGAUUGCCACCUUAUGUUGAAUGGAAAACAACGACUGCAUUUAAUAAUGCAUUGAAUAGUCUUCCACCUAAUUUUACAGGAUUAGAUAAAGACAGCGAAUGUAGUUCAGGUGUUUAUAAAGAAAAAAAAUCUGAAGAAGCUUGUAAAAGUGUAAAUUCUUGGAUAGAAUUUUUUAAAGUAUAUGGUACACAUAUUAUUACUGAAGCACAGUUAGGUGGCAAAAUAACAAAGAUAAUAGAUGUCUCCACUUCAUCUAUUUCAAAAAUGAAAAGAGAAGGUGUUAGUGUAAAAGCGGAGAUUCGUGCUCAAUUUGGUUUUGCCAGUGGAGGUGGAUCAACCAAUACAAAUUCAAAUAGUUCUUCGAAAAAUAAUGAUGAAAAUUAUAACAUGAAAGAAACAUUAAUUGUAAUGGGAGGAAAUCCAAUUAAAGAUGUAACAAAAGAAGAAAAUUUAUAUGAAUGGUCAAAAACAGUUUCUACUAAUCCAAUGCCUAUAAAUAUUAAAUUAACACCAAUUUCUAAUAUCUUUGAUUCAGAUGAAUUAAAAAAAUCUUAUGAAAAAGCAUUAAUAUAUUAUUCUAGAGUAUUUGGAUAUUCACCUCAUGAUACUAUGCAAAAAGAAGAUAAAAACAUUAUUGCCAUACUAACUAAUUCAACGACAAUUACUAAAACUUCUCCUCCUCCUAUAAGUGCAGAAUGUCCUCAUAAUGAGGUUGUUUUAUUUGGUUUUUCAUUAAAGCAGAAUUUCUGGAAUUACACAAAAAAUCUGAAAGGUUAUGAUAUUGAAAUAUGUGAAGCUGGAUCCAGUAGCUGCACAUCAAAACAAGGGCAUUCAAGGAAAUAUGAUUCUGCUUAUCUUUAUAUGGAAUGUGGUAUACAACCUUUACCAUUUUCUGAACAAGUGGUAAGUGAAAGUAGUUCAACUUUUAAUAGUGCAAAAUGCCCAAAUGAUUAUACCAUAAUAUUUGGAUUUGGUUUAUCUUCUUCUUCUAGUAGAAAUAAUGCUGCUGAAUAUAUUUAUUCUACUCCCUGUAGGCCAGGAUUGAAAGAAUGCUCUGUUAAUAUGAGUUCUUCAAAUGAAAAAAGUUACAUUUACCUUGUUUGCGUAGACACGACAAUAUGGACAGGUGUAAAUAAUUUAUCUCUUGUUGCAUUAGAUAAUUUCCAUGGUUCUGUUAAUCGAUCACAACCAUUUAAUGAUGGAAAAUUAGUUGGUGAAUGCCCUUCCAAAGGUACAAUUUUGUCUGGAUUUAAAGCUGAAUUUAAUUCCUCUAAUCCAUUUGUAAAAGCACCAUUCGAUAAAUGUGCAAAAAGUUUAGCAGCUUGUUCUGUUCAUGGUUGUGGAAAAGGAAUUGGAUUAAAUAAUUACAGAUCAUUGUUUAUGGUAUUACUUUGCAGAAAUUUAGAAUAA